AUGUCUAACUGCAAAACGAUGAAUUUAUCAGAUGAAGAACUAUUAUUCUUUGGCUCAGAUCAAUGCUAUUUUUCUUAUCAUCCCGGUGUAGCACAAUCAUGUCAGAUUCAUUCAUUAAACGAAGUAUCACCUUCAGACCUUGACUACGCUCGCGAUGAACUUGUUUCACACGCAGCAGCAUCAACCUCUCUUUAUGCUCUCUGUGAUGAUGCUGAAGAUAAAUCUGAUUGGCAACUAUUAGCAAUCCCUAAUAUGCCUGUAACAUUUAUUCAAAUACAGAGAAAUAUCCCAUUUGAGCAGCGAAAUUACGAUACAACAUAUUUACCAGUUGUGUUGCGCAAACCAUUAAUUAAGAUAAGUCAAACAAGCACUUUAACUGGUGUGAUUUCUGGCGUAAGAUCAGCAUUGAUUAAAAGCACGACGAAUACUAAUAAUAAUCCUGUCUGGUAUCGUUUAAAAGGUUGUGGUAAUAAGACAGAUGGUUUCUUAAUUCAAACAUUGUCAGCAGAUAAUACAAAAAAAUCAACAAUACGUGGAUGUGCAUUUCUCCACACGACAUAUCGUGAACUAUACAUGACAAAUUAUAUUGGUCAAUUACUAUUGAAAUAUUCAAUUCAGUGUGCAAAUAGCUCGAUUGGAUGGUUUGAAUACGAACAAGAUCCGACUGAUAAAACUCCGUUUAUCAAUAGUCCUGUACAGACCGAAAUUUCAAUACUACCAACAUUACAGGACAGUAACCUGCGAUUGUGGUCAGCUAUUCGACGUACUUGUAUUCUCAUGAAAACAUUGGGAAAUAAACGAUUGUCUGAUAAUGUUCUUAAUGGAUUAGAACAUUUAUUUCGAUAUAUUAUUAUACCUAAAACCGACCAACAUCCUGUUGUUAUGGCCAAUUUUGACUUAUUAUCAUUGUUUCCUGCGCAACGAUUAACCCAAUCUGAACACGAUAAUACUCAACAAGUGCCCUUACCAACUUGGUUCACUACAUUAGACACCAGCUUAGUUCCAUUAGCCGAUUCUCUCACUAACUCGCAAUGGCUACAUCAUUCUUCUAGAAUAUCAUGUGAACUACCGGAAAAUAUUGAUCAACGAUGGUCAGCGUUAUGGCAAACAAAUGUAAACAUUGUAAAUAAUAGUACAACAUCCUUGUCUAAACUGCUGUCUUUACUAUAUAGUCGAUUUGGUAUCGAAUGUGGUUAUAUUUUAGGUAUAAUGCAUUUAAAUCGUAUUAGCUGGGGCACUUACAGUGAUGCAUUAGGCAUUCAUUGCAAUGCACAUACAAAUAAUGUUGUAAUUAAACCUGAAACAAUGAUGACUGAUUCAGCACAAUUUCUAUUAGCUCCAUUAGAUUUUGAUAUGAGUUAUACGGAAGCAAGUUACUGGCCUCAAUCUUUACCGCAGAAAGAGCAACAACAACAGUCGUUUGAUGAACAACUCAAUCUUGAAUUAUCUGGCUUCAGAAUGAGUUUAGCUGGAGAUUUUCAAUCAAAUAGUGGAGUAACUAAAACAGUAGAUAUGUCUGAUAAUCAAUGGGAAAGCGUGCGAUGGUUAUUACGUGACACAAUAUUAAGUCAGUUUGAUGUUGCUUAUAAAACAGUCAAAGAACAAUUACAUACAAACUUAUCAGUGCAGAAAACAUGUUUGCCACCACUAAGUGAUAAUCAAUUUCAUGUAAUGUAUGCAUUAAUUCGUUUGGCAUUGAUUUUGACUCUGAAUGAGACAAGUUAG